AUGAAACUAUUAUUUGCCACAACAUGCUUUACUUUCGUUUCGAUCGCAAUCGCGCUCGACACCCCUGACGUAGGUGAUGGCAGUUUAAUCCCGAGACUUCCCAUCCCGGGGUUAGGUGAUGACAAUUUAAUCCCUGGACUGCCCAUUCCAGGACUAAAUUUGCCUGGCAUCCCAUGCCUAAACUUGGUGACAGUAUUGAAAGUUGAAGAUAGUUGUUGGCCGAAAGUUUUUCCUACCAACCUGUUGAGUCCGGUUGUGAUAGAGAGCAUUUGCCAGUGGAUUAACAAAAAAAUGUCUUCUACUACAAUGAAACUAUUAUUCGCCACAACAUGCUUUACUUUCGUUUCGAUCGCAAUCGCGCUCGACACCCCUAACGUAGGUGAUGGCAGUUUAAUCCCGGGACUGCCCAUCCCGGGAUUAGGUGAUGGCAAUUUAAUCCCUGGACUGCCCAUCCCGGAUUUUCCAGUCAUCCCAUGCCUAACCUCGGUGACAGGCGUCUCAGUGUGCAUCAAAGAUCUGAUAUCAUCCGUUUUGAGCAUCCAGUUGCGGCCCAUCAGCACAGCAUGCUGCGAUUCAGUGUUAAAAGUUGAUGAUAGCUGUUGGCCGAAAGUUUUUCCUACCAACCCGUUGAUUCCGAUUGUGAUAGAGAGCAUUUGUCUGUGGAGUCAAGCUCAUCCGUUCCCGUUCUCGACCUCAGCCCCCCCACCGCCGAAACCAUCGGCAUAGUGGUGGUGCCGAUGCAGUCGAUGAUUGUUUUAAUAUUGCC